UCUUUGUGUUUGUUCACCCUCUUUAUUCCUUCGCCCACAAAAUAUCUAAACAACACACCUACAUAUAUAUAAUAUCAAUUACAUUCAUCGUCUGGCGUUCACCAGUCUGUAUUCACUAUUCACUCUACCCAAGCUAUUUUUCUAUGACUAUCGCGAAUUACAAUAAUUGGUCUUAAUAAUCGUUUAUUUAUAAUUAUUGUUUUUUUAAUAAGACAUGAAUCGUUUUCAUUAUCUUUUCAUUCGUAAUAACAUUUAUUAGUUAUCUUGUUUGAUUUAAUAAAUUGUUGUUGAUAGUUAUUAACCUUCGAUCCCUUUCAUCAUGAGCCCAGUCAAAAGGAUAUUGUGUUUCGCGUCUAUAAUGAAAUUGUUUGCUUUAGUUCAGAGUAAGUUGUUUACAAUGGGCGUAAUAUUUCGCAUUAUUACGUAUGUCUACAAUAUUUUUUUUUAGGUGAAAACUGUACGAUAAAAAACAUAUCAGAAGGUGUUAUUAAUAGAUUAGUUGUAUUGACGUGCCCAAAUGAUCAAGAUGCUAAAUUUUGUUGUUACGACCCAAAAGAUAAUGUUGAAUGCUGCAACACCAUUAGCUACCUGUAUAAUAUGUAAAUACUUUAUUCAUUUAUUUUGUGGCCCAAAUAAAAAUAUAAAAUAUAUAUUUAAGUUACCUAACAAUAUUUAUAUUAAUGUAAUUUAUUAUGUUCAAAGAUUUCAGAAAAACAUGCCUGGUAUAUUAAUACUUCUGAUUCUGAUUGUCGGCUUGGUAUUGACGUGCUGUGUUAUUUGUAUAUGUAUUCCUUGUUAUUGCAUGAUGAGACGUCUCCGUCCAACAUAUAGUAUGUAUUGCUAUUUUAAAAAAUAUUCAAAUUUAAUAAAGUAAAAUCAACAUGACUCCCUAUCCCCUAAUAGGUAUUAGGUAGUUCAAUUUUUUUUUUAAUAAGUUUCAGGGAAAUAACUUACAAUUAUUUAUUGUUUCAAGUAAUUUUUUAUAUCUUUUUUUUUAAUGUUAUAAUAAAUUACUAUUACAUGCAUCUCAUCAGUACAUUUUAUGCUCAGGUACUGGUAAUUAUUAUUAUUAAUGUGCCAUAUGAAUAAUUAAUGAUAAUAUUUAUUUAACGUAAAUCUUACUUUUAUGAACAUUGAUACAUUGAUAAUUAAAGUUUAUAUAUAGAGUUCAAGUGUAUAAUUUGAUGCAUAGUUAUUAUAUUAAAUAUAAAUAUUAAAGUAUAUAUUGAUUAUUAUUAAUUUUUUACUACAUUUUAUACCUAAUCUGCCUACCUAUUUAAUUAAAUUUUAUCUAUUAAAUGAUAACAACAUCCGUUUUGGUAGUAGGUUGGAUUAAAUAUAUAUGCAUGUAUUCAUUUAAUACAAAACAAAUUCUUAGCAAGAACAAUAGUUUUUGUUUAUCUCUUUUUUAUAUAAAUUAGUCAGUAGACAUGUUAUUUAGAUUAAUUGUAUACUGAGAUAAAAUAUAUCAAAUUAACACUGCACGCAUGAAUAGUUUAUAACAAAAACGAGUUUAGUUAAAACUAAGGGUAAAUUAAUAAGAUUAAUAUCUUAAUAAAUAUUUAAAAAAUAAAUAGAUUUGAAGAUUGCCUCUAAUAAACUAUUUAUUUUAUACAUAAUUAGUUGACAUUUGAUUAAAACAGUUUGAACUUAGACGAUCAACAAUAGACUUUCUGGUAUAUAGUAAUAAUUAUAUCCUUUGGUUCAUAAUUUUAAUAAAUAAUAUUGCAAUUUUUUUUUGUGUUGAUCCUUCAAAUGAUUAUUAUUUAAAAUUACUCUUAAUAUAUUAUUUUGAUUAAUUUGCAAUAAUUUAAAAAAUAUUGUCUUAAACACCACUCGUCACUAGGAGACUGAAAAAUAGAUUGAUAUAAACGAUUGAUGAUUCAAAUAUUUUAUGUACAAUUUCAACUAGUAGCAAGUCUUUGUUUUUCAAUUUAACAAAUUAUAGCUCAUGGAAUAUAACUUUCCAACUAAAUUGUUAAUGUACAGCUUUCACCUUAAAUUGUUAUCAAAUCUAAUUCCUAAAUAAAACAUGUCUAUAAUUGGUCAAUUUUCAGAUACACUUUAAAUUUUAAGUUAAGAAUCAAUAAUAGGCUAUUUUAGUUAAUACACUUGUUUAUUGAAAACUUUAUAAACAUUGAUUUAAUAUUAUUUAUAGUUAGUCUCUUUUACUUGACAUUUAUAUGUUAAGUUUAAUUUUUUUAUAACUCUUUGGUAGACUGAAAUUAAAUUAAUUUUUAAUGAAUUUAAAGAUAAUACUAUUAUUUAUUUAUUUAAAUAAAUAAGUAUCCCAAAAAUAAAAAACAUGUGUUAUCAGCAUAAAUCAUUAUUUUAUCAUUAAUAUUUAAGUUGCAUACUGUAUAUAAAUACAGUUUUUUAAAAAAUAUAGUAGAGCUAUCACUUAAUAUUAUUCCUAGAACUUGUUGUCUUUUAUCACGGUUUAAUAUUUAACAUUAUUUUAUAUAUAUUUGUAAUUGGGUAUCAAAUUUUAUUUUAUUAGCAGAGUUAUUAUAAAUUAAAUUUUAAACAAAGAUUAGUGCAGUAAAAAAAAAAAUAUGAUUAAAAGAAAAAACCGAAAUUAAAUUAAUUUAAAUUAUUGUUUCAUUGGUAUUUGAAAAAAAAAACCACAUUUUUUACAGUAUCACCUUAUAUAUCUGUUUUUUCCAUAUAAAUUAAAAGUGCGUAGGAAAUUUCUCACUAGCAUAUUUUAUUGGUAUGAACUAGUUAUGUACUUGAAUUGGAAUAGUAUAAUAAUUAUAAAAUUUGAAUUGUUCAUUUUACAAGUAUAAUUUAUUAUAUAAUUUUGUGUUGUACCUAAAUUUUUUUUGUCUAAUUAUUUAACCUUGUACAAACUAAUUUUAAUUCUGUUUUGUUCAACAUUUCAAACUGUGAAAAAUUACAAGUGUAAUUAUAAAUAUAUUAUAUACCUAUUAUAUUGUAUACGCUAGAACAUUAAAUAAUAAUUUAAAAAAUUUCAGGGCAAAAGUCCUAUUAUUUUAUUUCUAGGAGGCAAAUGUCCAAAUUCUUAUUGAUUAUAAAUACAAGUAUUUAUGAGUAGGUAGUUAUACAAGUAUAUAAAUUAUGUUUAUUUACCCAUUAAGUAUAUAAGUUUAUUUAAUAUACUCUUUAGAAUCAAUAGUAUCAAAUAUAUUAUUUUAGUGUUUUCACAGUUCUCAAUUAAUUUAAUUAAAAUAAUAAAUUAAGUGAUUAUCUGAAAUUAUAUGACACGGAAAUAAGUAAUUUCAUCAUUGAAACUAAACAAUAUUACUGUAGAAUACUUACAUUAUUACUGACUAAUUGUUAAAAUAUUCAACAAAUAUUUGUGUCUACGUAAUAUUUCUGAAUACCUGUUAUAAUAAUAAUUCUUGUAAUAAGUGUGCGGUGUAUACAGAAUUAAAGUCAAUUUAGUUUUAAACAAAUAUGAAAUUAAUUGUUGUUUACCAUGACAUUUGUUAAUGAAUGAAAGAAAUUGUAAAAAAUUAUGCAAAAUUUUUGUUUAAAUAUAAUAUAUGUUGUUUAGAAAUAAAAAAAAAAUACUUUAAUCCUAUUGUUAAUUCAAUGUCAAUUAAUUUUUAUGUAGUAAAUUAUAAUAUAUUAUUAACAUACACAUUUAAAUUAAGUAAAACUAAACUUAUAUGCAUGCAUAAUAUGCUUAAUAUUUUCCAUUAAUUAUGUAUUCUAAUUUAUUUGAAAUAGAAGAAUCAAAUGAUAAUGCCAAUAUGAUCGCUGCUGUUUCUUUGCCUAAUGAAUCUGAGGAAGAAAAUACACCUAAAAAAGAAGUUACUCAUCACUUACCCCCGGGUGCUUAUCCUGUUUAUCCUCAAUUCAUGGGUAUAAAAAGUUUAUUUUAAAAUAUAAUUUUCAUUAAUAGUAUUAAUUUGUAAUAAAUAAAUAAUAAACAAAUAAUUCCACUUGACUGUAACAAUAUAAAAAUUUCUAACCUUAAACAUUUUUUUAGGAAUGCAACCGUUGAAAUCGACUGAAGUAAAUUGUUAAUGCACACAUCACAAUAACAAUAGCAACUUUUAUCAAAAGCCAAAACAUUUUUUGUGCCAUCAACUGUGAGUAACGGAGGUUUGUGAAUGACUCUUUUUUUUUUUCUUUUUUUUAUUAUCAUUAUUAUUAUUUAAUUAUCAAUUCAUUUUGACUUACAUAAAAUAGUCGUUGCUAUUAAAAAAAAAAUAAAAAUAAAAAUAUUAUCUUAAAUAUUAAGUUACCUAGUUUUGAACUGAUUAUGGAUAUAAAUGCAUUUCAUAUUUAAGCAUAAUAAUAAUAAUAAGACAUGUUUGCCUCUAAAAAGUAUACUAGCAAAAUAUUUAUUUAUAUGCAUUAAUAAUAAAACAUAUGAGUCAAUUACUAAUUUUUGAAAAAUAAAAAUGUAUAAGUGUAUUUUUGUAUAUUUUGGUUUGGUAAAUAUUUUUCUUACAUUUUAAAAUACUUUUUAGUCCUUCAAAAAUAUAUAUUUUUUUUUUUAUUGAUUUCAAUUGUAUACAUGAAUUUUAAUAUUCUAAAGUAUUUGGUUUAGUAUAAAAUAUUAUUUUAAGUUCUAUUUUUUUUUCUGUUGUUCCUGAGUUUUGACGAUUUACUUGAAUGUAAUAUUAAUCGCAAAACCGUAAUUUGUUUUGAUAUUAUUUGUUUCUCCCUUUUUUAGUUAAUAUAGUUAGUUCCUUUUCUAAAUAUUUUUUGUUUUUUUUUUUUUUUUUUUUAAUCAAAUACCAAAUACGUAUUAACUGAAUUGUGAUGUUUUACAUGUGAUUGUCUGAAUUAAUUUUGAUUUUUAAAACGAACACAAUUUUUGUGUAUAUUUACACAUAGACUAAUAAUAUGUAAUAUUUAUAUUUAUAUUAAAUAGUAAUUCAGUAUCGAAUCAAUAUGCUGUGUUUUGUAUUGUAUUUAAUUUCAAAAAUAUACAUGAUCUUGAAAUAGUAAUUGAAAUUGUUUUAGGUAUCUAAAUAUUAAAUAACUGUAGUAAUUUCAUUAACAUAAUAUGUCGUGUUCUGCUUAAUUUGUUUUAUAUAAAAUAUACAAACUAUACGAUAAAAUAUAUUGAUAAACCUAAAUACAUUAUUAUAUAUUGUAUGAAAUUUGUAAUUGAUUUGUUUCCUUAUGAGUUCGUGAUUUUUAAUAAUAAGCAAGAGAAUGAUUGAAUUAUUCUAACAUUUAAUAAUAAUCAAUUGCGUAUGAUAAUUAUUAGUAGAAUAUGAAUUAUAAUUUAAACUUUAUAAUAUAAAGUUAAUAUUAUCUUUUGUAACAUAUUUAUAUUUACAUUUUGAAACAAUGUACAAUAUUUUCAAAUUUGAAUUACAUUUUUUUUUUUACUAAGACUGGAUUUAUAAUUUCUAUGAAAAAAAAAUGUUGAGUUCAAUAAUAUUUUUAUACGUUUUUAUAAAAAAUAAUAUAUUUAUGUAUAUAAUUUUAUUACUUUAUUAAUGACAAUAAUAUUCUAAAUAAUUAAUUCUUAAAUUUACUCGCUAAUAAUAUGAUUUAUUUUUAUUUUGCGUGUGAAGUUGGGCAAGUACAAGUGCUUAAACAUUUUUUUUUUUUUUAAUUGUAUACAAAGACAACUUAUAAGAAACAUAAUAUCAAUAUCUUAUACUAAAUUUAAUUUCUAAUGAAAAUAUAUAUGAAAAUAAAUAUGAUCUUUUUAUUAUACUCCAUAAUAAUGUCCUGAACCUAUUUAAUAUUAUAUAUUUAAUAACUAUAUACGAUUAUUAUAUUUUUAAAUUUAUACAUAAAAUAAUUUUACUUAUAUAUAUAUAUAUAUAUAUUAUAAUAAAAACAAUAAAUAUCAAUUGUAUACAUUUAGUAUUUUAGCUAUAAUAAUAUAAUUAUAAAACAUAUUUGUAUAUUAUGAUAUUAAUCAAUUUUUCCAUGAGCUCUCCAUUAUUUUUACACAGGACAAGUACUUUAUAGUACAAUCCUUGUUUAAAACUAAAUAAUAUUGUAUGUUAAAAAAAUAUAUUCAUUUAGUUUUGGUAAUUUUGAUAAACACUGUUUUUAAUUUGAUUAUAAUUCAAUAGGAAAAAUAAUUCUAAGUGGAACCACAUGGUGGAACUAAAUUAUUUCAGUACAAUGAUAAUAAAUAGGUACUAUUUUGACUUUUUUAUUUAAUUAUUAAAAUAUUUUUUUUUACACGUAUAUUUAUAUGUGUUUUUUUUUACAUUUCAUGCUUUAAAGUUAAAACAAAAUUUUAAUAUUCAACUGUUAUGUGAUUAAAAAUUAAUGUUAAAACAUUUUUGAAAUGUUUAAAAUAUUAUUUGUCAUUGAAAAAUGUUAGAAUAUAGUGUACAAUCAAUUUUGUAUUUAAAUUCAUCUAUAUAUAAAUUGGUCAGUGCUAGAUUGAUGUGUGUUUCGAGCCGAUAUGCUUCUAGAAGUGCCAUAAGCUCGACGGGAACUAUUUAAAUUAAUUAAAAUCUAAUUGAAGUCAAUUUAUUUAAUACCAUCUACUUUUUGUCGAUACUAACUAACCAUUUUAUUUGUUUGGUGUACAGUUAGACUAUUUGGUAAAACCAGUAGACCACUUACAAUACCUAACCACAUGUAAAAUAUGAAAAAUAUGAAGUGAUAUGAGCAGUGCUCAUAUUUAGUAACAUUUGCUAAUUAUUAUAGGAUACAGAUAAAAAUAGCAGAGUGAGCGAGCUAUGUAUCAGUUUUAUACAUCAGAGAUUCCUACAAUUUUAUUUUACAUAUUUGAAAGCGUUUCAGAUUUGUAGUGCUUUUUUCAAGUGUUGAUGUUAUUCUUUUCUUUUAUAAUUUAUUUUACAUUUUUCAUAAAUCU